AAUUGUAAGCACCUGCUAACGCGCACGGCUACCUGUGCUUGUUGAUAUGAAGGUCAACAUUUCCAUUCACAUCAGCAUCAACAAUAAAAAGCCGGAUUGUUUACGAGACUGUGUACUAUAAAUGCAGGACUCAUGCCAUUUCGUUGGCAGUUGAGGCAAAACAAACUGGAUGAAGCAGUUAUCAAGCGAACAGACUUGACUGCAUGGAGUAAUCAGUGCAUUUAUCGAAUCUACAUAGCGUGUGAGUGGAUGCCUGCAGAGAGUCAUGGGUAAUGGCUGCGUUCGAGUCAGUCCUGAUGGAUAUACAAUUCACAUCAAGACGGGAGACCACAAGGGCUCAGGAACGGAUUCUUCGGUCAACAUGAGCAUGUAUAACUCAUCCGGGUCAUCACCUGAAGUCAAGAUCAACUGUAACUGGAAGGAUGACCUCGAGAAGGGAAGCCUAGACACAUUUCACCUGAAGAGCGCGGGUAUCACUGAAGCGGUUGAAGGCAUCGAGAUCAGGCUGUCCGAAGGAAUCUUUUGUCAGAAUUGGUUUGUGGAAACCAUCGACAUCAAGUUCCAAGACUCACCGGCUGACAGGAGUAGUGUCUUCCCCCUCCAUCGAUGGAUCAAAGAAGGCGAGACUUUAUGCGCCGUCAGGAAUGAUUCCACCUUACCCCAACAAGAGACCAAUCGGAAGCAGAGACUUGAUGAACUAGCCCGGAAGAAGGAGACUUAUCAGUUGGAGAGGAAGUUCAACGGUGACUUGGCAAUCGCACAGGUUGUAAAGUUGCCGGACGAACAAGAGUUUUCGAACAAAUAUUUCUUUGAUGUUCUUGCUAAACGUGCCGUUAUCUUCAAAAUUGACAACAUUGCAACCCACCUAACAACGGAUAGAUGGAAGUCGUUGGAUGAUAUAAUUAACGUGUACAACGACACCUUGCCCAUACCAUACGGCGUUCAGAACUGGCGGAGUGACGAAGCGUUUGCCAGCCAAAGGUUGACCGGUUGCAACCCUUGUCAAAUUCGCCUCUGUACGGAUAUCCCAGCAAACUUGGCAGUAACGGAUGAGAUGCUACAGCCACAGAUUGAAGGUCUCAGCAUCCAGGAAGCGAUCCAAAGCAAGAGACUAUUCAUCGUGGACUACAGCGUCUUGAGAGACAUCAAAACCACCGAUAACAGAAUUGUGUGUGCACCAAUUGCACUCUUUUUCGUCAACAAAGCCAAAACGCUGAUGCCUGUUGCCAUCCAACUCUUCCAAGAACCUUCAACAGACAACCCUGUAUUUCUGCCAACUGACCCGGAGUACACGUGGAUGUUAGCCAAGAUGUGGUUCAACAACGCCGAUGGCGCAGUGCAUGAGUCAGUAGCUCAUCUUGGCUUCACUCAUCUGAUCUGUGAGACAAUGGCUGUUGCUGCUAAUCGCUGCCUCUCCCCGUCUCAUCCUAUCUUCAAGCUUCUGGCACCUCACUUCCUCUAUGUCAUGGCUAUCAACAGUUUUGCCUUAGUGACACUGAUCGACCCUGGCGGUCUUGUAGACCAGAAUAUCAACGCUGGCAGUCAAGGAUUCGUCGAACUCAUCCAAAGAGUUUUUCCCGAGUGGCGCCUUGACAUUGAGGGCAGUCUUCUCGAAGAUCUGCGCAACCGCGGGGUAGAGGACCCGGAUGUGUUGCCUGGUUACCACUACAGGGAUGACGCCAUGUUGCUGCACGGCGCCAUCAAGCGGUACGUGGAUUUUGUGGUGAACAAACGAUACGACACGCCUAAGCUUCUUAGUGGAGACAAUGAAAUACAAGAGUUCGCCCAAACCCUCGUUCAACCCAUCGAAGACGGAGGUUGCGGAAUAAAGGGAGUCGCAGGAAACGGCAAGUUUAGCACCAAUGACCAGCUGAUAGACGUCGCGACUUCGAUCAUCUUCAUCGGUAGCGUUCAGCACGCCGCCGUCAAUUUCAACCAAUAUGACGAGUAUGCUUUCCCACCCAAUUCGCCUCUGUGGAUGAACGGAAAACCACCUAAAGAUAAGACUCCACUCACCGAGCAGGAUAUCCUAGAUAAUCUGCCACAUAAGGAGCGCACUUUAGAGAUCAUGUCGUUCGUAAAAAUCCUCAGCGAGAGAGCGACACUGCGACUCGGUAACUUCGAGAAAACCUACCAGUCAGACCCAGUGGGCAAGGAGGCUGUAGACAGAUUUCAAAAAGACUUGCGUUCCAUUGAGAAAACCAUACAGUCACGUGAUGCCAAGCGGAGAAUUCGAUACCCAUAUCUGAAUCCGCAAGAAAUUCCGAAUGCUAUCAGUAUCUAACUUUGUGUGAUAGCGUGACCGGCGUGAGUUGGUCAAAAGCAAACUGAAAGAGUUUUUAACACGUUACAUAAAUGUUUUCUCAAUACAAUUAUAUAAUUAUGCUCACGCCCAUCACUAAACCAAACGCCACUCGAGGUGUGGGCUUCAGAGGAAAGUGUGGAAGGACCAGCUGCUCACAGUGAAACAAGACAAGAUGAUCCAAUUUCUUCACAGUAUGAAUGGGCAAUUUCAACGUUAUGAAAGACAGUUUAAUGUCCGCAACCAUGAAAGCUAAUUAACCAUGAAAUAGAAUUAAUGACUUAGCGAAAUGAUCCAAAACUGUAAUCUCCUUGGUCAUUAAUAGAUAAUGGAUGUAGAAGUUACAUUGAAAAUACACUUUGAGGUUUAUUCACUGAGCUCUUCAAGGAUCGAUUACGGACAUUACGCUUGAAUUGCCCAAAUCUUGCAUUGCCGAAACGUUUUGCAUGCUUUUAUUUUGUAACUUUUAAUUUAGCAACUGCAGUGUGAUAUUUAAUUAUGUUAUUAAAAAGACGCAGUUUAUUUCAAUGUAUCUCAACGUAUUAUAAUCGUUUUACUCAAAUAAAAGGAUAAGUGCGUGUAUAAUAGCAGUCUUUACUUCCUAAAACCAAUCUAGGAUUAUUUUAUUUAUAUGGAAUCCACAACUACAGAAUAAUAACUUGAUUAACACCGAGGUACCAGCUUAUAGGAAACAAACUGACCAAUAUUAAUAUUGGAUUAAGUAAUUUCCUACUACAGAGUUAAAUAAGACACUGUAACUUCAAUUUAUAUCAAAGUUUUGCAUGUCCAAAAAACAUAGUUUGAUCAUUGUUUUACUGACAUAUAAGUAUGAGUGCAUGUAUAUUAGCAGUUCUAUCUAAGAUCCGUCUGGAUUUAGUAUGGAUCUACAGUUAGAUAAAUAAUAACUUAAUUAACAGCGAGGCACCAAUCUAAGGAAACAAUUGACCAAUGUCAACAUAUUGGAAUCUAAAAAAUAUUGCAUUGAGCAUACGUCUAUUAAAGAGUUAAAACGUAAAGUUACUCUUGUCGCUGUUAAGUUUGUUUUACAAUUUUUUUUAAACAAGUCCAAAUGGAAUUUGUGUUUUCUCAAAGGACCGCCAUCUCGUGUAUUAAUGUUGAACAAACGGUGAAAUUCAUUUAUUUGACCAUCACCCGACAAUAACAAAGAGCAAUCGCAGGGGAAAAUGAAUGACGUCAUUAUGUUGCUUUGUUUAAUCGACAUUGUUUGUACGGUUCUGGUGGUUGAAAUAAAUAUGGCAAACAGCAUGAUGGCUAUAA